UAAUGAUUAGAAAAUUAUUAUCAAGGUCCCUAUUUAUUAGACCAUAAUUCUGCAUUAAUCAUAUGUAUUAUUAUUCAAUUUAUAGACAAGAUUUGAUACUCAAGAUUAAUUUAAGAAAUUUAACAGAACAAGCAUUGAUAGUAUUAAGUCAUCUGUCAGACCAUUACCAUCUCCAACUGAAGAGGCAGGACUCUUCAUGGAAGAAAAUGAAGUAAUAGAAUAUAUCUCUACAUUAUCUAGGUCGAUGUAAGAUUCUUGAAAGUCUUGAAAUCCUUUGAGAAAAUAGAUGUAAAAUCUGUCAAUUGGGAAGGAGAUUUGAUUAAAGAUCUAGGUUUGGAUAGUCUUGAAAGAAUAGCUUUGAUCACUUCAAUUGAGCAUGAAUUCACAGCUAUAUUUGAAGACAGAGUAUUUGAUAAUUUGAAAUCAUUGCAAGACAUUAAAAAGCAGAUCUUAAAAGAUGAUUCUGCAUUUUGAA